AAGAUAAAAGGUCGCUCCCCACUCGGUUUGGUCGUCAGAGCUGUUACUCGGCUCUACCGCACGGAUAGAGUAGUGCACCAACGGAUAGCUGGCUGGGAGAAUACUUCGGAUGAGUAGAUAACAUCAGCCUCUGGGUCAGUCCUGUUAAAAGUACACCGCUUCUGAAGUUUAAAGUCAGCCACACGCGCAUCUGACAUUACAGGUGAAUUCUUCCAAACCCGUCCGUUAGAGGCUACCAUCGACUGCACUACAUCUAGUUUGUCAUCAACCCUAUUCGAAAAUGUCGCUCCUUUUGCCCACACUGGCCGUUGCUCAGUUGGUUGCGUUAGUGAUAAUUCUCUGCAGAACAAACGAAGUUGCGGCCAUUCCUGCAUCUAUCAAGCCAAUGGACCCCACAGUAGUCGUAGGUUCAAACGUCACAUUUCGCUGCGUUCUCAACACAUCGGCUACAACGCAAACUGCCACUGAUAUAGUCUGGUACUACAAAUCAUACAGGAGUUUAAUUCCACGCGAGCGAUAUGAAGUAGAAGACAACAUCUCCCGCCUAACAGUGCGUAACGUGACUUUUACUGACUCUGGCUCCUAUUUCUGCGCGUUGGAAAGCGACGGUCGAAGAAUAUGGAAUUAUCAAGGCUCAAUGCUGCGAGUUGGAGUGCCACCGUCUCCACCAACGGGACUUCGUUGCCAUAGCCCCAACAUGCAAGACUUUUGGUGUGAGUGGAGUGAAGGUGCCAAAACUAACCUUAGAACACACUACAAGUUCAGCUAUAGGGAGCGCUAUGGGUCAGGUGACUGGCAGGACUGUCCCAAACUUGAAGGACGGGGGAAGAACACGUGCGUGGUUUCCCGCGUGCAUAACGACGGUUACAAUCAAAUGAUACGCGUGACGGCCACCAACAACCUCGGCUCAGCCACGUCAGAAAUGCACUUCAAUCCGGGAACAGCAGCUAUCCCCAACCCACCCACUGCUGUCGAAGUAGAGACACUAGGUCCCGAAGAGCUCCGUGUUUCCUGGGGAUUUCCAAGUGAAUGGGACGAUCAGGUCUUUGCUUACUUUCUUGAGUACAGACUCGAAGUCACUACGGAUCGAGGAUCUCACACACGAAUGAUCCCCGACUUAAGCCACAGCGAACCGUACGUCAAACCUCGUCUGUAUACCAUCAACAACCUGCUGCCGCAUACGUCCUACAGUGUCCGUGUCUCUUGCCGUGCAUUGGGGAGUUACUCAGACGACAAAUGGAGCGCGUGGUCAGAGCCAGUCAGCCGCAAGACAUCUGAAGCAGCACCAAACGCAGCCAUAUCGGGAAUACAAGGCCAAGAAUAUGACAACAUUAACGAUCCUGCCUACCAGAGAGACGUUUUCCUACAAUGGAAGGAACUCUCACAUGCAAAUAGACGGGGGAAAAUCCUAGGCUAUGAGGUCGAGUUGCGUCAGAUGUUACCUAAUGGUUCCUCCAGUGUUGUCAGAACUGUCAGGGCCAAUGGAACCAUGGUUCUAAUAGAAAAUUUGGAAAAAUUCAAGGAGUACUAUGUCGAUUUAGCAGCGUUAAACUCGGCUGGGCGGGGGCCAACAGCGAGCUAUUUUCUGGCCGAUAAAACAUCAGAACCUGGACCACCAGAAAAUGUACGCGUCCAAAACAUCUCGGAAACGUCUGCCUUGGUUACUUGGCAAAGGCCGAAUAGGCCCAAUGGGUACAUUGAAGGUUAUCAUUUGGAAUGGAACAAGGGAGCAGUGGCAGAAACAACAAGCAAUUUCAUCGAAUUAAAUGGUACCCAGACGUCGUACACGAUCAAGGGACUGGAGGCUAAUAGACUCUAUCAGUUCCGGGUCAAAGCCAAAAACUCACGAGGCUACAGUGGUUGGUCAAACGCCCCCAUACAACACAUGGGAAGCGGGUCCCGCAUGGAGUUACUUCGUACACUCAUUACAGUGCUGCACAAUCUACUUAUGGAUAUGGGCGAUGAGGGGGAGGCAGGGAACCAGAUCAAGCUGGAUACACUUUCAUCAUUCUUGUGAUUGUCAAGACAACAGGUUUCUCCCCUUCCUUAUAAAUGGCGUGGAGAACAUAAAUUCGUAUAUUUAUUGACUUGAGGAGUCGCUGAUCACAGUGACCUGUGAGGAAAGCGCUAAGCUUAGCCCCGCAUUUCCUGGUCGUAAGCUCGAGAUAAAAAUAAAACCAACACAAGAUGUGGUGGAAAAUUUAAAGUACAAAUUAUCUAAAACAAUCUCUUUCAAGUUUCAUCAAAUUAAAAUAUGGUUCCGAAGUUAUUUUUAAGUUAAAACAACAUUCGAAAUCUCGGACCGAAUGUCACUUUGUUGUCAACACAAGGGACUCAACAUUACUGGCUGCAAGGUUUACCUGGACUGAAUUGGAGACAGUAACUCCGGGAAAACUAAAUACGUGUUAUUGCUGAACAAAAUGAUAUAUUCUUUUAAACACGGAAGUAUUAUUAGGUUUAUUUUUGAUUGGCCUCCAUUUACUGUUACUUAAUUUCUGUUUUGAGCAGACAACAACGCAACAUAUUGGUUCGUUUUUAGUGUAAAAAAACUAUUAAAUAUUAUUCGUCGCAAAAUACAGAGUAAGCUGCAGGAAAGAACGGGCACUCCCGGUUUGAAAGAUUCAGGAAUAUUGUCGUUUUGUUAAGAAUUAAUUUUGAGAUGUUGCUCUAGUUCAAGAAUGUCAGUAACCCAUAAUUAACAAGCAGGGUGCAGUGCCAGGGCGUAUUUCUUUACAUUUGUUGUUGCUACUCUGAUGAAAUAUUACUCUGGGAGUAUUGCUCUGUAAUUAUGUGAUUAUAAUCAUGUAUAUAAUUAUUGAAGAAAACAAAAGUAAUUCUGAUCAUUUACAUAUAACAUAUAAUAUAGCCAUUAUUAAAGUGUAAAGCUAUCAUGCAUGGACAAAACGGUAUCUGGUCCUGAUAAAGGUUUUGCAGGGAAUUUUAUUUUUUUCGGUUAUGGCUGCAAAGUUAAUUUAAGAUUUUCGUCAAAUUGUUUCGGCGUUACCUCUUAUAUUAUCAGAUUUCUAAUUUAUAUGUGUAUAUAAAAUCGUAUUUCGUAUUUGUACAGCCAUCUUGGAAACACGACUGAAAGAAAAUAUUAUUUUCCCCAACUCAUAUAUACCUCAUUCAAAUUGUACGCGCUUUUUGUCUUUUAAUUGUAAAUAAAAUGCUAAAAUAUCAGAACUGGAGCUUGAUUUAAGCGGAAUUAUAAUACACUGUCUGUGACUGUAUAAUAAUGGUGGAGUUGGAAAAAUGAAAAUAAAAGUAGCCUACUUUAUCUUUCAUAUAAACUGA